AUGCCUUCUUCCGUCCACUCCCAAGACAACGACCAGUCAAUGCUUGAUGCGCAAGCGCAAAACCAGGAGCACAUUGAGCAGGACGAGUCAGUACUCGAGCAGAAGCGGAUUGUUGUUUUACCCGGAGCUACGGACACGGCGGCGUCGUUUCAGUUUGAGGGCGAGGGACACACGUUAGGCAAUGCGCUGCGCUAUGCGAUCAUGAAGAACCCCGAGGUCGAAUUCUGCGGAUACACGAUCCCGCACCCUUCAGAGUCGAAAAUGAACAUUCGAAUUCAGACUUACGACUCAACAACCGCAGUCGAAGCCCUAGAAAAGGGCCUCGACACUUUGAUGGAGCUGUGCGACGUUGUAACGGAUAAAUUCACUACUGCGCGCGACACGUUCAACGCGGAGCAGGCGGACAGGAUGGAGUCAUAA